UUUGCAUAUUAAUAAACAGUAUAUAUGAGCCUUUUCCACAGAGAUCAGCACUCAGAGAGGCUCCUGUGCACUGAGGAAGAGACCACAUAGCACUGCACCAAAGAUGCCCCACUACAAGCUGACAUACUUCAAUCUGCGAGGAAGAGCAGAAAUCAGCCGCUACCUGUUUGCCUAUUCAGGCAAGAAGUACGAAGACCACAGGAUAGAAGCAGCAGACUGGCCCAAAAUCAAACCAACUAUCCCAUUUGGAAAAAUCCCUAUUCUGGAAGUAGAUGGAGUUAUCAUUCACCAGAGCCUGGCGAUAGCAAGAUACCUUGCCAGAGAAUCAGGGCUGGCAGGUCAGACUCCCGUGGAACAGGCCCUGGCUGAUGCCAUUGUGGACACCAUCGAUGAUUUCAUGACGCUUUUCCCAUGGGCAGAGAAAAAUCAGGAGGUGAAACAACAAGCGUUUAAUGACAUCCUCACCAACAAAGCACCUGAGUUAUUGAAAGAUUUGGACACUUUCCUGGGGGAUAACAAAUGGCUGGUGGGGAAAUCUGUAACGUGGGCCGAUUUCUAUUGGGAUGUGUGCAGUACAACACUUCUGUCCUGCAAACCUGACCUGGCAGACAAGUACCCCAGGCUGUUGGCUCUCAGGGACAGAGUGCAAGCGCUGCCUGCUAUUGCAGCCUGGAUCCAGAAGAGACCGAAGACGAUAAUGUAAAUCGGUUGUCCAGUAGAAAAACAAAUUAAUGUUUUGAUUAAAACACUGCAAGCAUCUUAAGUUAUUAA